AUGUCGCACUGCCUUGUCCGCGGCUCAAUCAACAUCGACGAAUUCUUCCACGUCGCGGAUGUGGUCCUCCCAGGCCAGACAAUCUCCUCGACGGGCUUCGAGCGCCGAGGCGGUGGCAAGGGCGCGAAUCAGGCCGCAGCUGUCGCGCGCGCUGGUGCGCCCGUGAAGCUGGUCGGUGCGGUGGGCAGCGAUGGCGCUUGGCUGGUAGACGACCUGAAGGAGAUGGGCGUGGAAACCGGUGAUAUAUUGACUGUUGAGAAGGAACCCACGGGACGCGCGAUAAUCCAACUCACGGAGAGCGGCGAGAACUGUAUCAUCCUACACAAAGGCGCCAACUAUGCCCGACAAGACACAGCGCCCGAGAUCGACGCGUAUCUUGCCGGUACUUCACAUCUGCUAGUACAGAAUGAGGUCCCGAUGGACGUCACGACUGCAGCUCUACGCGCCGCAUCACAGAAGGGCGUGCCAAGCGUGUACAAUCCGAGUCCCAUGCCCUCCGACGCCGAGCUUCGCGCCUUUCCUUGGGAUAGCGUGAGCUACCUCCUCGUAAACGAGGGCGAAGCAUCCGCGCUAUGGGGCGCAUUCGCAGGAUCACCCACGGUCCCGACGCCCGAGUUGACGCCCGUCGCACCGGCGGGCGAUAUCAGCGAGAGCAAUCGUGCAGUGGUGGAUCAGGCGAAGCAGACUCUACGCGCGCUAAGGUCUUUGUCCGCGUUCGCAAAGACGACGGUGGUCUGCACCCUCGGAGGCGCUGGUGUACUCGCUGUCUUGCCGUCGCACGAGUCGGUUUACCUGCCUGCGGUCAAGCUGGAGGGCACCACGCGCGAUACCACCGGUGCUGGCGAUUGCUUCACGGGGUACUUUGUCGCUGGCCUUAUGGCGCUAGGACAGAAGGGAGAGUUAGAUGUGAAGGCGUUGGCACCUUUGUUGAGGUUGAGCACGCAGGCGGCGGGGAUGUGUGUGGAGAAGAGGGGUGCGAUGGAGAGUAUACCUCUGAGGAAAGAUGUCGAGGAGAGGUUGGCGAAGUUGCCCGCUCUGGCUUUCAGUUGA